UUUCCCUGGUAGCCAUGGAAACGACAACGGCGUUCAGUUUCUCAGUGAGGAAGAGGCGGAGUGAUUUUCCUCUUGUGAUGUUUUUAUUUAGCGGACCAUGGAGCUCCCGGAGACACUUAGAAAACAUUUAGAAGACUUUUCUCGCAACGUUUUGUUUGACCAGAGUCGGACGGAGUCUUCCUCUAAAGACCGCGACGCGUUUUUGGCACACGACAAUCGAGUUCUUUCAAGCCUCCAGCUCCAGAUGUCUCUGUACUUUAACAUGUGGUUCUUCCCCUGGUGGUGGAUCAGUGAAACUGUAAUGCUGCAGCUCAAGUAUCCUGCUUUGUCAGACUACUACAAAAUCAUCCUUGUGACUAUUCUUAUCCUGAUGACGCUGAUCGAGGCUAUUCGACUCUACCUUGGUUAUGCCGGGAACUUGCAGCAAAAGGUCCCAGAGCUGGCUGGAUUUUGGCUCUUGAGCGUCCUGCUGCAGUUUCCAUUAAUCCUGUUUCAGCUGUUUAAUGAAGCCAUCCUUGUUCAGCCCCUGGAGAGAGGUGUUCACAUCGUACUUGCCUUAUUCAUACUCACACAGGCCAUUUCUGGUUUUGUUGCGCUCCGCGACAUGGUCAGACACACAGAAAGCCAAUUUCAUCUGCGACAGUUUGACUAACUUCUGAAACUCUGACGUCCCUCACACAUCUGGACACAUCUGGGCAAAACUUUUGCUCACAUCU